AUGACUCUAAGGCAGAGAUUGGUAUUGGUCACUCAGCGCCUUCGGCUCAAGGGCGAUGAGAGCCGACAUGAGCAAACCGAUGCCUGGGCUAACCGCGAUUUGAUACCUCUGCCACCCGUACGACGAACAUGGGGCUGGGUUAACUUCUUCGGCUUCUGGGCUAUAACAAGCUUGAAUGUUGCAAACUGGCAGACGCCAAGCACCUACUUGACAUUAGGCUUGUCAGUCCCUCAAGCCAUGCUUAUUGUUGUUGUCAGCAGAUUGCUCGUCGUCUUAUUCGCAAUCCUAAUCGCAUGGAUCGGCUUGAAGUGGCAUAUAGGAUUCACGGUACAGAACCGAUAUUCCUGGGGUAUGAGGGGCAGCUUUAUUCCGUUGCUGCAAAGAAUCCUGCUCAAUUUCAUUUGGAAUGCUGUGCAAUGUUGGAACGGUGGCCGACUGAUCGCGGUCUGCCUGACAGCUAUAUGGCCAUCUUAUGCACGUAUGCCAAAUACUUUUGGUCCUAACAUGCCUGCCACUACUGAUCAGUUUGUGGGUUUCGUUGUCUUCUGGUUCUUAUCAACACCAUUUCUUUGGCUCCGCCCGGAAAAAUUCAAAAUUCCAUUCCAGAUUGUUUGUACUUGGUGUGGUAUUGGCAUGCUAGCUUGGAUGGUUUGGGCCCUUGCAGUCGCGAAAGGCGUUGGUCCUCUUUGGACUGCUGGACAAAGCAUACCUACCGGUUCCCCAUUCAACUCUUCGUGGCUCGUCAUGGCUGGCAUCAACCAGGGCAUAGGUGGGCUAGCAGCUGGUAUAACAAACGGCUCAGACUUUUCCAGAUAUGCUAGCGCCCGUCGGCACUAUCUUUACAGCACGAUCACUAGUUGUUUAGUCACUGGUAUUCUCGUAUCAUUCGUAGGACUUGUUACCGCAGCUGCGGCACAGAAGAUUUAUGGCGAGGUAUACUGGAACCCUCCGGAUCUUCUUAUGGUUAUGAUGGAUGACGGAAACGGUUCUUCGAAGGCUCGUGCAGGCGUGUUCUUCUUGGCCGCAGGCUUCGCAUUUACGGCAAUGUUCGAGAACAUAUGCGGAAACGUUAUCGCCGGAGGUAUCGAUCUUGCCGGACUGUUCCCACGUUACAUUGACAUACGCCGUGGCGCCAUCAUCACCUUCGUUGCCGCAUGGAUCGUGCAGCCAUGGCAGCUCAUCAACCGCGCUACGACUUUCAUCGCUGUGUUGUCUUCAUUUUCUGUCUUUCUGGCCCCAAUCGUAGGUAUCAUGGCCACCGACUACUAUUUGCUGCGAAAGGGGAAGAUCAGGCUUAGCCAUUUAUACAAGACUACUGAUUCUUGUUACUAUUUCCAAGCAGGCUUCAACUGGCGAGCUAUUGCGGCAUGGAUAUGUGGCUGCGCACCAACCAUCGGAGGUCUGAUUGUCACUGUUCGAGGAGACAUGUCCCCACCCAGAGCGCUGGUGCAACUGUACUAUAUGGCCUUCUUAAUCGGUUUUUUCAUUAGCGCAGUGAUCUUCUACUCUCUCAAUCUAGUCUCCCCAGUUCCUGAUAUGGUUCAAAUGGACUCGACCGAUGUGUAUGGAACCUUCACUGCAGCGGAAGCUCGGCGGAUUGGGGUCGCUCCCCUUGAGGAAAACCCUUCAAACUCAGGCAUCAUUGGUAUAUCUGUCGAACCAGAUCUGUAUAAGGGUGACACUGUGAGCGAGAAAAGAGUAUGA